CCGACUGGGGUAUGUACACAGUUAACUUUUUGUCCAAAAAUUUUUUUAUCAAGGGGCUGCAAAAGUUCAUAAUAGUUGUUUUACUACUUCCUACACUCUUGAGGAACACUGCAUUGAAACAUUAAAACAUCACUCAAGUGUAGUCGAUGUCGGCUAUUGAAAUUAACCAACAAAUUGUAAUAUUCAUUAAUUUUACAAUUAAAUCGAUUUCGAAAAGAAUUUAAUUUCACUAAAUUAUCUAAUUAAGUAAAAAAUGAUUUUCAAUCGAUUAUGUCGUCCAGUGGGCCACUUGACACAAAAGGGUGUUCGUCCUUAUCACAAGAAUGUUGUACCAUUCAAACUUGGCAAUAUGAAUGAAUUACCAGUGCCUUCAGGAUUAUGGCAAGAACUUUACGAGAAAAGACAAAAAAUAUCUAACUCUCUUGUUGCUCGAGUUGUCAUGUUGAUCAGUACUUUCACAAUUGCUAAACAAAGUCGGGCACUUUACUUGAAUUGGAGCCCUCCUGAAGGAGUGGAUUACCCAAGAAUCGAUUACAGCAGAAAGGAAUUAUGUGUAUCAUAAGUUCUUCUAGUGUUCUACUGUAUAAAAAUAAACCUAUUCAAAUAUCAUGUGUAUUACAGUCUUGAUAACACCACUGUUAUUAACGGUAAAUAAAUUGGAUUAAAUAAAA